AUGAGCAGCAGCAGCAGCAACAGCAGCAUUAGCGCCACCGCAACAGCACCACCACUGCCAUUAGUACACGACACACCGCAAAAGCAGCAGCAGCUGCAGCAGCAGCAGCAGCAGCACGACUGGCAGUGCAUGCCAGAUUACAACAGUAGCAGCAGCAGCAGCAGCAGCAGCAGCAGCAGCAGCAGCAGCAUUUGUCGGUUUGCUUUUAGGUCUUUGCUGUUCAAGCAGCGGUUUUUCAGGCUGCACGAGAGAUAUUUGCAUGCAGCAAAAACAGAAGCAUUAGCAGCAGCAAAGCUGCAGCGGCUGCAGCAGCAGCUGCAGCAGCAGCAGCAGGAGCUCGCAGAAGCAGCAGCAAGAGCAGCACUGCAUUCCGAGCAAAUCAUGGCCCUCAAGCAGGAGCUCUCCGAGAAAAGAGGAGAAUUAGUUCGUGUUGCUUCUCGGCAGCAAAUGCUGCAGCAGCAAUUUGCUGCAAUUCGAAAAGAAGCAAAUGAGCUGCAGCAGCAGCUCGAGACCCAGAAGAAGCAGUAA